UCUCCAGUUAGGCUGCUCUGUAAGAAGCUAACCAUCUAAGAGUGCCUACCUGUUGUUGCCUUUGACAUUCUCCAUGGGGCCUUCUACUAUGUUACCAGGAAAGAUAUCCAGAAAAUUGUAAGAGAAAGACCACUUCAUUCCGAUAUUGCUUCUUUCUGUGAUUCUAGUCACAUUUCUAAAUAUUUUGCCUCUGUGUCACCAUGAAAGAUGUACAGACUUCACACCAAAAGGGUAAAGGUUGCUGCAAGGAAGAUGUGGACUUCAAAUCUCUCCAAGAUCAGAAAAUCUCUUAAAAAUGUUUACCAUAAAUGUAAGAUACAGCAUCCAGACUCAAUGGGAUAUCCAACUAUGAGUUCCUAUGCUUGUGAUCAAGACAUUGCUUCUUCUGAUGAAGAAAUAAAUCUUACAAUAACUCUCCAAGACAUUAAAACUGCCCAGGUUGAACUCCUCCACCAAAUGACUGACAUUGUCAAUGCAGUAUCAAAAAUCCAGGAAAUGACUGGCCUAUAUCAGAAGCAGAUGGAAGUACUGGAAAACAGAAUGAAUGUUAGUGAAAACCAACAAUCCACAAGAGCUAAAGACAUUUUCUCUGUGAAAGAAGCCAUUGAUGCUUUAAAGAAGAAGGUGACAGAACUGGAAAAUCAGAAUUUUUGCUCUAGCGUACAUUGUUUAGAGGUUCUGGAGGGAGAAAAAAGUAAAGAGAUCAUAGAAUUGCUUCACAAACUUACACAACCAGAAACUCUAAAGAACAACUUCGCCUCUACAGGCUCUGAAAACUCUUCAGCAGAACCAAAGAAAGUGUCCAGAUGUCCAGAGCCCACUGAUCAUCUGAAGAAAAAGACAAUUUCUCCCAAAAUUAAAACUCAGAAGAAAAUUAACCAUCAAAAUGCAUCAAGAAGCAUUAAAAAAGCAAAGUCAAAUAUUUAUAUUUACCCAGACUUCGGUACAUGGGUUAAACUAACUUUUGUUCAUGGAGGAAAGUGGAGAUUUUUCCUCAGUGCUACCAAGGUAGAGGAAUUUAUCCAGUGGCUCCUUUCUAGACCGAACAUCCUUCCUGAAGAACCACAGUUCAUAACCCAGAGAUACUCUCCAUUCACUGGACCCGUUGCAAGCUUGACCGCAAUCUGUCUCUCUGUUUUCAACUACAUUUGCUGCCUUUUUGGUUCCUCAAAAGAGGAAGUAACUCGACUAUAGUUAUUUCCUGCUUUUCUUGGUAUGAAAUAAAUGCAAGUCCAUUGCUCCA